CAGCAUGCCUGUCCCUCCCGCUCCGGCCUCCAGCGCCGGCGCCGCCUCGCCGCCCAUCGGCAGCGGCAGCGGCGUGCUGCCGGCGCCCGCGCCGCACUCGACGCUCGCCGCCCAGGUCGCUGCCACACGCCAGUGGCGCGCCGACCUGCGCGACCUGCACACGCAUGCGCAGAGCCGCUUUGCGGACGUCUGCUGGGCGCGGCCGGGAGAGGAGCAUGGCGAGAUCUGGGCGCACAAGGCUGUGCUCUAUGCCCGCGCGCCCAACACCUUCCAGGCGCGCUACCUGCACCUGCGCUCGCCGCUCGCCAACCUCGGCGAGGCAGCAGCGAGCGCUAGCAGCGUUUCGCUGCCGUCGCUGCGCGCCACCUCGCCCGGCGGCGCGUCGCAGCACAGCGUCGAGGUGCUGAGCGGCAGCGAGACGGGCUCGGUGCGCAGCGCCAGCGGCAGCACCCGGCGCGGCAGCCGCCUGCGGGGCGCGGCGCCGCCGAGCAGCUUCAGCAUGGCACGCCUCGGCAGCCGCGGCGCCGGCUCUAGCAGCCGCAGCAGCGCCAGCAGCGCAGCGGGCAGCGGCGAUGAGAGCGACUCGACGGCCGGCGGACACUCGGUGCGGCGUAAGCGCAGCGCCCUCACACCCGCCUCUGCAGCCCUGGCGGCGGGCCGCUCCAUCUCGCGGCCUCAGUCGCGCGACAGCGUGGCUUCGUCGGCGCGCUCGUCGUUCUCGACGCCGCGCGGCGCCAUCGACUCUGACCUCGAGUCGCUGGGCGGCGACAGCAUCGUCAGUCAUGCCAGCACGCUGCGUGCGCCACUGCCGCUGGGCGAGAUUUCGCCAGAGUUCUUCGAGGCGACGCUGGAGUAUCUCUACACGGCCGAGGAGAGCAUGGUCGAUGCGUUCGAGUUCCUGUACGAGGACCGCGUAGCGCUGGCAGGGCAGCCCGAGGAGCGCCUCGAGAAGCUGCGGCAGGACUUUGUCUUCAUGUGGCGCAGCCGGCUGUACGCCGACGUGCGCAUCGUGCUCGACGGCGCGGCGCUGGGCGAGGAGCCGAUGCGCCCGCGGACGAUUCCGGACAACGCCUCGGUCCUCUCUAUGGCCGUGACGAUGACAGACGGCGGCCAUGGCGACGAGGAGGCGCAAGGCGAGGACGGCGCUGCGGCCGUGUUCAGCAGCCAUCGUAUGGUCCUCGCCUCUCGUAGCCCUUACUUCGCCGCACAGCUCCUUGGCCCGUACGCCGAUUCAGACACCGACGAGAUCCGCCUGCCCUCGCCGCCAUUCACGCCCGCCUCGCUGCACUUCACGCUUGGCUUCAUCUACACGGGCACCCUCUUCUUCUCGAACCGCACCUUCGACCUCGCCACUGCAUUCCAGCUCUGGCGUGCAGGCGCCUACCUCCAGAUCGACACGCUGCAGGCGCUCGUCAGCUCACUCAUUGCCGCCGACUUUUGCCACGGCUUCGCAUGCUCUCCACCCUGCAAGACGUGCGUCAAGCGCGUGCCGCGGACCCUCGCCUUCGCAUCUGCACCGGACGUCGGCGAUGCGCAUCUGCGCGACUGCGCGCGGCACGCCGUCAGCGGGCGUCACUUUGGCGUGUACUGGGCGCGCGACGUGGGUUCGCUCGACUACGCCGCACGCGGCGCUCUCGUCGCCGACGUAUGCGCACGCAUCGAUGCACAGCCGGCGCAGUGCAUCAACGUGCUGGGCCAGCUGUCCGCCGUCGGCUCGCGCAUCGACCGCGAGCGCUCCAGCGCCUGGGUCGAUGCACUGCGCUGGAUGUGCGAGAGCGUCGAGGCGCACAUCCGCGGCGUGCUCGAGCCGCACUUCGCCACCAUCGUCGCCGGCACCGAGUGGCUUGAGCUGCUCGACGGCGUCGGCUUUGCGCACGACGUGCUCGAGAAGGUCCUCGCCCUGCUGGUCGACUCGCUCAAUGAGCGACGCGCAGCGCUCACCUACCAGACGCUCGUGGGCCAAGUGCUGCUGCGCGACGAAGGACCGCCGCCCGAGGGUCUGCCGCGUCGCCUGGUCGAAGAGGCGCGCGACGCCACGCUGCGCUACCUGCGCAAGCGAUGGGUCAACGUGCGUGCUCUCUCGGGCUUCAACGCACUCGAGAAGUGGGCACUCAAGGAGCUCAGCCACGAGCUCGACGUGCCGGCUGCCGAUCUGCUGCUCCCUGAGGUCGAGCCGCUCCCGGAGGCGCUGCGCACGCGCACCGGCCUCAAGCCCGUCAUGCCGAAGCGCAAGGUCGAUGACGAGGACAAUGUCGGGCCGAUCAAUCUGCGCGCCGCAGUCGUCAACCGCGCUGCGGCGCGUGCCGCGGUCACGCACGGCUUCCGCUCCGGCACGCAGGCCACCUACUCGCCGCCCCAGCCCUCGGUCUCGGUCAUGUCGCGCAGCCGUGGUGCGCCCGUAGUGCGUACGCCGAGCUCGAGCACCACCUCGUCUGUCUCCACGCGAGAGAGCACCACAAGCGGCGUGUCGCGCUCUCGUGAAACCAGUGCCUCAAGUCAGCCUACUGCGACCGCGCCCACUCCUGCGAUGCGCACCACUUCCAGGACUGCGAGCAGCGCUGCGCCAUCAGCCGCAAAAAUGAGUGCCGAUGCGCGAGUCCGCCGCAUCGCUUCCAGCUCCGGGGCAUCCGACAGCCGCGCAGCCUCGACAGGCGCUCGCACGCCGACUGCAAGCCUGCGCUCUGUCCGCUCCAACCUCGCUCCUGUGGCUCGCACGCCGCCCGCUUCGCCCGCACCGAAGCAAGACGAGAGCGUCCGCACGCCCACCGCCGCACGCACGCUCGGCAGCAAGAGUGCCGUGCCGGCGAGUGGCACUCUGCGUGCCACGCCGAGCAACUCGAGUAUGCGCUCCACGGCUGCGAAUGUCACGCCUCGUGCGUCUGCAAGUGCAUCUGCCGGACGUGCUCUUCGCCCACAGACGUCGCAGACGAGCCUCAGCAAUGCGAAGCGCCACACCUUCCUCAAGGCUACGCCGAGGCCCGGUGGCGCUCCUGCAACAGCGACGACGCGGUCACGCCUCGACAGCACGGCGUCCACUGCCUCGUUGCCUCGCCGUGCCGACUCUGGCGCCAGCUCAGCAUCGACGGGCAGCGUGCGGCGCCUGUCCUCUGCAAAGGCGGCGCUCAGAAAGGCGCCGCCGUCGCCGUUGCCGGGCGCCAAAGGGCUGCCUGCGCGACAGGUCGAGGCGACUGAGGCACGCACGCCGCUCGCACCGAUUCCUGCUCCUGCGUCAGGGCCCAUGGACGUCGACGUGGGCCCUCUGGCCAGCGGCACAUCGCUGGCGCACGGCAUCGCCUGCAUCGUCUCACCACAGUCGAGCGGCGCGCUGGUCGCCUCUCGUGCGCGCUUCCGUGCCCUCGUCAAGUACAUCGGCCCGCUCGGCGGCGAGGAGGGCGCCUGGGUGGGCGUCGAGGUCGAGCUGCCGCUUCCCGCAGGCCUCGAGGCGCUCUCUGCGCGGCUGCACGACGGCUCGCUGCGUGGCCAGCGCUACUUCGAGUUGGGCACGCCUGCCGAAACUAGCGACGAGCCAGCGGCGCCCAUGCCCGAGCGCGAGGCUCGCCGCCGCCGCAUCGCACAGAUGAUCGGCCCGCGUGAAGAGGCGCUGCCGAGCGCCAAGCGCCGCAAGGACGCCGCGGGCCAGGGCGUCGAGCCCGAGGCACCGACGCGCGGCCUGUUCCUGCGCCCGCAGGACGUGCUCUGGGUGCUGACCUGACCCUGUUUCGACCGACUCUAUACCCCCACACUAUUGCAGGGCACACGCCGCCCGCCACUCUCCCUUCUGACACCAAUACCAUCAUUCACCGUGCUGCUUCACGCACGUCCCACACGCC